AGAUGGCUAUAACUUUUGCCAACAUGGAUUACAAAGUUGCAUUUUGUUUACAACUAACUCUGGUUUGCUGGUUCCAGAUAGACCUUGUUAAAACCAAUCUAGCAAGUUCAACAGACCUCCAGGUGAUCAGUUCUACACCUGAAGGGAUUGAUAUACACCCUACAAGUUUAAGUGGCAGUACUGACAACCUCUCAAAUGAUGCCAAUAGUAUUACCAUUAGUACAGGUGGUGGAUCCAUAGAAUAUAUUAACAUUAUACCUACUGCUACAUCAACAGUUAACUCAGCAAGCAGAUAUUCAGACAUUCAAAAUGAUGAUCAGUAUGCCACUGACCACAUAUCAUUGAUUCCCUCCUCUACAAUUAAGGGAUGUCAUACAGACAUUCAAUUACAAACGUCCUCAUAUGAAACUAUGUUAUAUCAGUAUUCAUCAAAGACACCAACUUUUAUCCCACCACAAAAACUAUAUUCAACUCAUCCAGUGGAUGCAUCCAUUUUCAGUGAAUAUGAUAUUAGCUACACAGAUAAUGCCUUCAUUUCUUCAAUUGAAAUAGUAGCUACAACAGUUAUAUCCAGUGACAAUGAUCCUUCUAGCUCUCUACAAAUGGAAAGUGUGUCUGUCAUCACUGAUAAUAAUCCAAAGGAAAAACAAGAACAUCUGUUUAAUACAACCUUUGAGGAAUCUGAAAAUCUGGACAACCUUACAAAACAUCCAUUGGAUAUAUCAAAUCAGACCAAAUCAGUGACCUUGCAUAAUUCCACACCAAUCCUGCAUUCCACAGUUUCACACAUUUCAGCAAGUAGAAAUGCUUCUGAAGUUGCUGAAGAGUAUAGUAAAACAGAGUCACGAUCAACAAAAGCAUUAUAUGGAUUUGUUUCAUCAUCAAUGCUUGCUUUGGAAACUGCAUUGUACACUAGCAUUUUGCAAACCCCUUCAUUUGUAAGCAAAUCAUUAUCUGCAACCUUAGACCCUAUUCAAAACCAAAAAGUCUCACAAACAAAAGAUAUCAUAUGGAGUGCCACAAUACCAGUAGAAAGUAUACCAAGUAUGAUAAGCUCAUCUAGUUCAUUUAUAUCAUCAGAUGGAACAAGUACACCUAUUAUGCCAUCAUUUGGCUUACAAUCAUCAAUAUUAUCUACCGAUAUUGGAUCAACAAUUCAGGUCCCAUUGGAUGCAAAAUCUACAUUAACAGGAUCAUUGAUAGAGAUUGAUAGUACACAUAUGAGACUGGCAACACAAACAGUAAAGGUUGAUUCAAGAAGUGCAAUGAUUCUUUCUGAUUCAUCAGAAGUGACUUUUUCUUCAUCUUCUUCAAUGCCAACAACAAUGUCUAGUGGAGGACUUCUUUUACAAAAAAUAAUGUCAACUCCGUCAGUUGGAUUGUUGAACAGUGCAUUGGAAACUUCAAUCGGCACUUCUCCUAUUUCCAAUUCAAUGAAUUCUGAUUCAAUGUCAUCCCUAGGAAUGUGUUCCUCAUGUAUACCAACAACAAAAUCAACACAAAUGAUAUUUAGUGAUUCACAUGCGACAUCAUCAUUAAUGUCCUCAUUUUCAUCAAUUGGACCAAUCGCUACAUCAAUACAAGUGAUUUCUAGUGAUUCAUAUAUGACUACAAGGACAACUACAAUGUCAGUAUCAACAUUACCAAAUUACACUAUUUUAUCAACAGCAACAUCAAUUAUGUCUCUAUUUGCAUCAUCUACAGUACAAACUGCUGAAUCUGAAACAACUUUGCCUACAGGUUUAACAGAUGAAACGACUUCAUCAAUUGUGAAUACCUCAAAUGGACCAAUAACAAAAAGUGGAGUCUCAGAAGAACCUAAAUCUGAAGCAGUUACAAAGGAUUAUGUUAGCAGUAGAGGAAAAUCUCCUUUUAGUACCACAUAUCGUAAAUAUACUUCAAUCCCAAUAUCAGACACUGGGAACUCAAUAACUAAACAUGUAACAUUAUUUAAAAAAUCAACUUUAACACCAAUAUCAACCACACCAGGUUAUAAAAAGCCACAACAAAUCACCAAACACCCAUUCUCUCACCAGCCCUUUACUGGAACAAUCCCAGGCCUCAUCACUACAAGAACAAGUAAACCUAUCCGUAAACCAAUCAAACCUUCAUUGUAUGUUACCAUAGUUAUGAAAUUGACUUGGUCAGAAUUCUGCUUGAAGGUUCCUCAGUUCCUAACAAUGAUGACUAAGAUGGUCAAUCUUGGCUUACAUAAACCAAUCAAAACAGAACAGGUGAAAAUCAUGAACCAUAAAUACUGUGAUGAACAAAAUGAAAAACUUGAUGUAUUCAGAAGUCGCAAACUUGCAUAUAUUCAUGGUGUGGUUCCUGAUAAACUGAGUAUCAAUAAGCGAGAUGUCUCAAUUGGAAUCCGCAUAGACAUAUAUGUGACUGACCAGAAGGGGGGAUACAGCUAUGACUUAACCAGUGUUCUGGCCAAUACUAUAAGUGAAGAGUUUGAUGGCAAGACAAAAACACUCAUUGGGAUAGGACUGGUAAUGGAGUAUAAGGUCCAUGGUAAACUGAAGGUGUCACAUUCUCAACAGGUGGUACGCAAGCACAUGAGUGAUGGCGUCAUAGUGGCUAUCACUCUUGCCUGUAUUGCAGGGGUGUGCUUUGUAGGCUUGAUUGUCUUGCAGAUAUUGUUCAAAAGGCGUAGAGGCAAGAAGAUGGCCAGGACUUAUGAGUACGAAUGUGGAGACACUUAUUCCACCCACAGUGUAGAAUCCAUCCAUCUUACAACUUUCAAUCACUCAAAUAGAGCUGCAAACCACCUUGGCUACAUCAAUGAGGCAAUGGAUCUUGGACAGGAAGUGUUAAGUCGACCCAUGGAUUUCCAUGAACUGGGAUCAUUUGCAGACAACUGGGAGGGAAUAACAGAUGAAUAUCAGUUGUUGCCCAAUUUUAUGCCAAAGCUGUCUGAAGUUCCAAUAGGUGCAGAGGAUAAGAAUAGAUAUGCCAAUGUCAUACCAGUGAGAAGUACCAGGGUGAAACUGAGUGAUACAGGGGAAGAACAUUCAGAGUACAUCAAUGCUAACUAUGUUAGGGGUUAUGCAGAUGAAGCAAGAUGCUACAUAGCCACACAGGCUCCAUUAGAGGAUACUGUGAAUGAUUUCUGGAGGAUGGUCUGGGAGCAGCAAAGCCAGGUGAUCAUCAUGUUGACAGAUCUGGAGGAACAUGGCUUGUCUAAGUGUGCCCCCUAUUGGCCAGAUGAAGACCCUGAGGGAACAGAUACUUUACAAUUGUAUGGGGAUUAUGAAGUUGUUCUGAAGGCUAGGGAAGAAAAACCUGACUGUAUUGUGUCAACACUCUCACUCAAAGAUAUUGAGAAAAAUCUUUGUCGUUAUGUGACCCAUUUUUGGUACACAUCAUGGCCAAUCCAUGGGGUACCAGACAGUGCCAAGUCUGUGCUGAAGUUCCUGGUGGAUGUGAGGCCCUUUAUGGAAGAGAGCCAUGGACCUCCCAUAGUGCACUGCAGUCCAGGCACGGGUAGGACAGGCACAGUAAUUGCAGUAGACAUCUGUAUGAGACAAUAUGAGGAGACCCACACGGUGGAUGUCCUACACAGUGUAGAUACAAUACGUGAAGACAGGGCUGGCAGUGUACAGACUGUACAUCAGUAUGCAUUCAUUUAUAAGGCCCUAACUACAUAUUGUAAUAUGCUGAGGUAUUCAUCAACAGUCUCGCUCUCAUCUUCAGUAGCUUCAAGCUCUUAUGCCUAGGAAAUAAUCAGCACUUGUUUAAGGCUAAAAUGUUAGCUAAUGGAUAAAUGGUGAAUCUUAGACUCAUAUACGUCAUCUUUCAAUGUACCUCAUGUCUCAUGGAUAUUCGAGCUUAUAUGUAUUAUGGACAAUAAAAUGCAUAUUCACUUUAUGAAUGAGCAGUGCAACUCACAUGGUUCCUGGAGUAAUGAUGAGUUUAUAUACCUAAUCUUAAUGGGCAAUGGACAUGGAUGGUGUCUUAUGUACAUGUCAUAUGGUCAAUUUAUCUGACAUGCCAAUGUAGCUCAUGUCAUAUGACCAAUGUAACUUAUGUUAUAUAACCAAUGUAGCUUAUAUGCCUCAUGGCCAGUGGCUUAUAUACCUUAUUGCCAGUGCAGCUUAUAUACCUUAUGGCCAGUGCAGCUUAUAAACCUUGUGGCCAAUGUAGCUAAUAUACAUUAUGACCAAUGUUCCGUAUAUACCUUUUGGCCAAUGUAGAUUAUAUACCUUGUGACCAAUGUUGCAUAAAUACCUUAUGGUCAAUGUAGCUUAUAUACCUUACGGCCAAUGUAGCUAAUAUACCUUA